AUGGGGGCCUGCGCGGGCGAUUUCGGUGCGUUUCGGGGCGAAAAAAAUGCACCCGGGCCCACCGUCGCCGUGGCCGCGGCGGGAAAAAAACCUCGACCAAUCGCCUCGGGAAGUGCAAAUAGACCAAUAGUGGUCUAUGAGCAGGCGCAUAGAGCGGGUGCAGUGGAUUUGAAUUCGAUGCGUCGCACCGAAUCCCACGCGGCCAAUGAGGUGCGCGCGCGUUUCCCGCCCUUUGGCCCAGCCUGGAGCGGCAACGCCGCGCCGCCGGCCCUUCGCCGCCCGAGCGAGAGGGCCCGAGGGAAAGGGACGCACGCCCGCGACGCCCGG